AUGUCCUCAGCCGUUACUACCACCGCCUUGAGCAAAGGCAAGGUGAAGCUGUCGGGUGCGCAGGAGACUCUCCUCCUCACCCUCUUCGCCCGCGCCAAGGACGCCGAGUUGUCUCACCCGAUCCUGAACGAUCACUACGCCCUCGAGAUCGUCAACCAGAUCAAGGAGCAGGGUUAUGACUUCAAUCGCACCUCCAUGGGCUUCGACCGCCUGCCGACGUUCUCAGCCCCCGUGGCGAUGCGCGGCCGCAUGCUGGACAUCUGCACCGAGAGGUUCCUCCGCCGGAACCCGGGCCCCGCGACCGUGAUUCACCUGGCCUGCGGCAUGGACUCGAGAUGCCACCGCGUGCAGUGGCAGGGCGAGGGCAGGGUGUGGAUCGACGCCGACAAGGAGGAUGUGAUUGAGCUGCGAAGGCAGGUAUUGAACGACCCGGAGCCGGCCAGGGGAGCGCAGUACCGCCUGAUUCACCCCAACAUCCAUAGCGACACGUGGCUCCGCGAGGCCAAGAUUCCCGUGGACAGACCGGUCCUGAUCCUGUUUGAGGGCCUCACCCCGUACCUCACGAACGAGGAGAUGGUGGGUCUGGUGAGGCGCAUCGUCAACUACUUCCGCUCGCAAGGCGCCCACGGAGAGCUUCGCUUCGACGCCGUCGGCUCGAUUACCUACUUCGCCAUGAACUACAUUUUCAGAACCCCGUUCAAGGUCAUGGGCACGCAGUUCCACUACUACCUAGACGACCCAAGAUCCCUGACCCAAAAGGUACCUGGUCUGAGGUACAAGGACUCCAUGUUCUUGAUGCCGGAUCUAUUCAGAUAUGGCUUUUUGGGACUGAUUCUCGGAUUUUUCACUUGGCUCAUUGACUUGUUCGGCAUUUCUGGACGUCUGGGUGGUGGGUAUGGGUACGAAUUCUGA